AUGGUAAGCAUAGCUACCAAGGCCAACCCCUGGAAUGGGAAGACUCUGAAGCCGGAGAGUGUGCGCUCUCAGCUGGAAAGCUCCCUCCAGAGGCUGCAGACAGAUUGUGUGGACCUUUUUUACCUCCAUAUCCCUGACCGUCAAAACCCCAUCCAGGAUACACUUAAGGCCUGCAAUGAACUCCACAAAGAGGGAAAGUUCAAGGAGUUUGGCCUGUCAAACUAUGCUUCCUGGGAAGUGGCGGAAAUUGUCAGCCUCUGCAGACUCAACAACUGGAUUGUUCCCACAGUGUAUCAGGGGAUGUACAAUGCCACUACAAGACAAGUUGAGACAGAGUUGCUGCCAUGUCUGAGAUACUACGGAAUGAGGUUCUACGCAUACAAUCCUCUAGCAGGUGGCCUUCUGACAGGAAAGUACCAUAACAUAGACAAAGAUGGUCCCCUGCCUGAAGGACGAUUCUCUGGUGACAUCUGGGCCGCAGCAUACAGGGACAGAUACUGGAAGCAGAGUCAGUUUGAGGCAAUCAAUCUGGUUAUUGAGGCCUUGGAGACAGUGUACGGCUUGGAGAAACCCACCAUGACAUCUGCUGCUAUGCGCUGGAUGUACCAUCACUCCCAACUUAAGGGGGAUCUUGGUGAUGGAGUCAUCAUUGGUAUGUCAAGUAUAGAUCAACUUCAGCAAAACUUGGCAGCUGCAGAGGAGGGUCCUCUGGAUGAGAGAGUGGUCACCGCUUUUAAUGACGCCUGGAACCUAGUAGCCCACGAGUGUCCAAACUACUUCCGCUAAAGACACACAAAUCUGUCCACUAAUCGAGCACACACAGCAUGUUGUCUGAAUUACAUCAAGCAUCAGACAUACCAAUGUUAAUGUCAAUACGGAAACAAUGUUAAUGGAAACACCAAAAUAAUUAUUUGUAUGUUUAUUUCUGGAACCAAAUACAUGAAUUACCCAGUUGAUUUAGUUAUUUUUCAGUGCAAAUUCCAGAACAAAAAGGUCCAAUUAAUAAAAUUACCAAAACAGACAAACACAAAGUGUCAGUUGAUCACUUUGCCUUGUUGGCAAUCCUGUAUUGAAUCCAAGAAUCCUUUAGGUACAAAAGCUACAAUUUGAAAAAGCACUACCAAACAUAAUGGAAUAAGCUCCCAGAUGUAUAUGCAGGCUUUCCUUUAACCACAAAGGCAACCUUUGCCUCGUGAAAAAAUACAAAUUUCAACUACAGGAAACUCCAGACCCCCAUGGACCCUUCAGUUUGCGUGGCAAUUAUAGCAUUAAUUCCAGUAAAACUCCUUUUUCACCUCAAUAACAAGUUACCUUUCAAAAGGACAUACAAAUAAAUGCCUCGACAAAUAACAGGUUAAGCCACACUAUAUGUAUGUAUGUUUCUUAUGUCUUUCUAAGAAGAACCUCAACAUGUUUUUGUUUAUGCUGCUUGCUUUAGUAUCAUGUCCUAUGUAUUCAGGUUAUUUCUCUUAGUUUUUAAGUUUAAUUGUA